AUGGCGUUUUUUUACCUCCUGUUGAUGCUGACAGCAUGUGCUGCAGGCCCUCAAGAUAUGUGCGGUAAAAUGUUGGUCUUCCCAGAAGAAACCAGUACAGCUAGUGUGAGACUGAUAACAUCACAACCGAGUUUUAGUUCUGUAACUGUCUGUCUCAGAUCCAUUACAGAUCUCAGUCGAACCCACGCGCUAUUCUCUGUGUCCACAUCCUCUGCUGACAAUGCCUUCCUGAUAUUCAAGGUUGCUGCAAGUGAUGAGAUUCAGCUACAUGUUGACAAUAAAUGGAAAGGAUUUGGAGCGCUGGACUACAAACUAAACGCAUGGCAGUCUAUUUGUUCUACAUGGGACUCAGCAUCUGGUCUGGGGCAGCUGUGGUUAGAUGGAAAGCCCACAAUUAAGAAAUUCCUUGGUGGAUCAAAAAUAAUAAAUCCCAUUACUAUCCUCGGACAAGAGCAGGAUUCCCAUGGUGGGGGGUUUGACUUGAAGCAGUCUUUUGUUGGCAUGAUGUCUGAUGUCCACAUGUGGAACUACGUCCUUUCCCCCUGUGAGAUCCAGAACUACGUGGAUGAUCUAAACUUCACCCCUGGGAAUUUGAUCAACUGGAGUGCGCUGGUGAACACGACCACGGGAAGAGUGCUGAUUGAAAACAAACAAACAGGAUGUUGCAUGAAUAUGAAAUGCAAACGCCCUGUUGACGUAAGGAGUGGCCAGAAAAAGUCUCAAGCUUAG